UACACCAUCCUGGUGUUCACCAGAAAGGAAGACCUGGAUGGUGACUCUCUGGAUGGGUAUGUGAAAGAGACUGACAACCGGGAGCUUGCCAACCUGGCCAAGAUUUGUUCCAUGCGCCACUGUGGCUUCAACAACAGGGCAGAGGGGGCAGAGCAGGAGGCCCAGUUGAAGGAGCUCAUGGAAAAAAUAGACAUGGUCCUGUGGGAAAAUGAAGGCCAUCAUUACAGCAACAAGGCUUAUGAGUUUUCCCAGCAAAACCUUCAUCUCACAGAAGUGCAGGAAGGCCAUAUAAUCCAGGGGCAAGGCUCUGAGGAAGGGCCCAGUGGGGAGAUCUUGGUGGAGGAAUUGUGCCAAAUCCAGAAGGCAUCUGAGGAAACUCACAAAUGUCUCCUGAAGAGGGCACCUAUCUGAGCAUAUGCUGGACUCCACUGAGGGACAGCUGUUUCUUAUGAGUUCCUUUCAUCCCUGUGUUCAGUUUCCAGCCAGUCACUUGUUCUCUCCAUCCCACAGGUCACUGACCAUGCCAGUCUCUAGGUGGUAAGAGAGGGUGGGUUCCUGAGUUCUCAGCUACCAUCCAGGUCCUUCAUUGCAUCUUUCAGUGCACGUGGACCCUCCCUCCUCUCUACUCCCUGCCCCCAGCAUGCUUUCUCAUAUGGAACCUCACAUUGCAUUGGCAUUGCAUUUCUUGAAGUUCUUAUCUUUACCCUGAUAGAAUGAAAGUUCCUGAGGGUAUAUCACUCUCAUUCUUCCAUGUAACCCCCACAGCAUCUUGGUCUUUGGAGUCACUCCUUAAAUGAUGAUAGUCAAUCAGUGUGGGAAGCUGGUUAGGUUACUUCACACCUCCUGGACUAUGUCCUUGCCCACAAAGAGGCAGGCAU